UGGAGUGUUUUGUUUAUUGACUCCAAUAAACAUUAAAGUUAAUCUCUGUUUAAUUCUUUCAUCCACAUUUCAAUGUAGUGAGUGCCAAGGUUCAGUUGAAAUUGAAUCUCUCUGACUUAGUAGCUAUGAAUAGCUGCUGUUUAUGCAGUGAGGAACAUUGGCUCUAGAAGAGAGUUAGGAGCGACGGAAAGAUUUUUGAAGGCAGCAGAUAUAUGGGAAAAACUAGUAACUUCAACAAAUCAAGAUUUUUUCCAGACCACAUCAGUCAUUCAAAUUACCCCAGAAAGACCAUUGUGGGUUGUAGUUUAAAGAGACAGGGAAAAGCCCAGCCACAGGCAUGGAGUUUACUAGGAAUUACCUUCCAAAGGAAUGGGAAGAGCGAUGGAGGAGAGAGAAAGAGAGGAGAAAACGAGUGAUUGAAGAAGGUGGCGAAGAAGGGAUUGAACAGGACAACCACGAACUGCGUAGGAUCGUGGCUUACAAUGACUCAAGGAUGGGACUGAUCAAUGGGCGGGGUAAGAAACAGGGGUCGGAGGUCAGGAUGAGUGGUGUUGGUCAGGAAGGAAAUGGGCAACAUGUGAGAGAGGAUGCAUUUGGGGAUGAAGGACUUGUUGAUAAAGUCCACACAUACCGCAGUGAAACCUAUCCUAAAGAGGUAUUCAUUGCCCUGAAGGAAUUCUGUGAUUCAUCUCUUCUCACAGACCUGACUCUGACCACGGAUAAUGGGAACCGCUUUGACGUACACUCCCUUAUCCUUGCUGUUGUCAGCUCCUUCAUCCAUGAGAGGCUGAGGGAUGAAAGUGGAGAACGAUCGGUCAACGGAAACAAUGGGAUUCCAAGGCGGUCAGUGUCUCUGCCUCCUGAGGUUGAUCAUGUUGGGCUACGGGCAGUUUUGGAGUUUGCCUACACUGGAGCAGCAUUGUCUUUGAACAAUGGCAGCAUGUUCUCGAUUAUGGCUGCAGCUCAAGCACUGGGCAUUCCUAGAUUGCUGGAUCUCUGCAACAAAGAGGAGAGAUUGAAAGAAGGUGGGAGUCCUAAGAAGGAAGAGCGAAAGACAUCUGCCCUAGAACAGAUGAGGGUUACUCUUCAGUCCAUUAACCAGUUGUGGGCAGACAGAGUUGGGUGUGAUGUGAUCUUGGAUGUGGAUGGUGCUGUGUUCCAUGUCCACAGAGUUAUCCUGGCGGCGAGCAGUGACUACUUCCGUGGCAUGUUCACCUGCGGUAUGAAGGAAUCCAACCAGACCUGUAUUGCCCUUCCCUUCCUGUCACCUUCUGAGUUAGAGGUUCUGAUUAGAUGCUCCUACAGUGGAACCCUUCCACUUAGCUGGGACUGUGUCUUCGAGAUCUCCUGCACGGCCCUCCAGCUUCAGUUCCAGCCUGCCCUCUCGCUUUGCCUCAAAUUCAUGCGUCAGGAAAUGGAGGCAAGCUCCUGCCUGGAUGUGGCAUCUUUUGCUGAAGCCUACGAGAUGUCAGAGUUGCUUGAGGAAGCCAAUGACUUUGUGCUGAGGAACUUCUGGGAGGUGUCAGCCACAUCGAAGUUUCAGGACCUACCAGCAGAGAAGCUUCUAGACAUCCUCCACCGUGAUGAUCUGUGCGUUCCAUCAGAGUUGGCUGUAUUUCGAGCUGUAAUCUCUUGGAUUGAGGCUGAUAUUGAGGAGAGGUUGGGCCAGGCUGGCGUACUGAUGACCGGCGUCCGGUUCCCCCUCAUGACCUUUCGUGAGUUCAGGGAGGUCAGGGCCAUUAACCUACGCAUGGAGAGCUUCGGAAACAAAGAGGUGGAACUCUAUGGUUCAGCACUCAAGGAAUUUGGUUUCAGCCUUCCAGAUACCCAGGAACAGUGCCGGGUCCGACGUCCCAAAGACGCCCUGGUUGUGGUCGGGGGAGACCAGCUGAACCCAGAUGUGGGACCGCGCAUACCAAGCAGGGAAUUGUGGUUUGCAAACUCCUUACGCAGUGGUACAGGGCUGAUGAAGGGGAUUGAAUGGAGGAGGCUGGGUGAGUUGCCAGAUGAGCCGAAGUUCAGGCAUGGAGUAGCAGCAAUGUUGGGAAAGUUGUAUGUGUUUGGAGGAUGUUACUACUACUGCAAGGAUGACAUCAUGAAAUCCACCUACAGUUAUGACCCCGUGCAGGACAGCUGGAAGAGGCUAGCUGACAUGCAGGAGUUCAGAAGCAACUUCUCAGUGGUGGUCCACGGAGAGCGUCUUUAUGCCAUUGGUGGAGAUAAGGAGAUCAACACCAACAUGGACAGCGUUGAGAUGUACAACCCGGACACUGAUUCAUGGAGCUUUGUCCAGCCCCUGGACCAGGCUCUGAGCGGCCAUGCUGUCACCGUCUUAGAUGGAGGAAUAUUCAUCUCUGGAGGUUUCGACUGUAAGUACGUAUGUCUGGUUUCCAUGUUCCUGUACCACCCAGAGAGAGGAACCACCUACCUGGCAGACAUGACCCAUGACCGGGCCCAGCAUUGCAUGGAGCCCCUGCGAGGCCGUCUCUACGUCGCCGGGGGUGUCUGUAACCUGAGAAGGUUUUACACCGACCAACAACUCUGUGAGGUGUAUGAUCCCGUGGCCGAUUCCUGGACCGCUUUUGCGUCACUGCCUUUGUCCCAUGUGGGUGCAGCCUCAGUCGUCCUGGAGGGGAAGAUCUAUGUACUGGGAGGAUACUGCCGGGACGAUUACAGUGAGUCUGGACUGGUCCACCGCUUCGAACCCAGUACAGAGCGAUGGGAGAACAUGGGCAAACUGCCUGGGGCUUGUACUGACAUACGGGCCUGUCUGCUUCGAUUGCCCCAACACCUUAGACUUUAAGUAACUGGCUGGUCAAGAUUAUUAUAUUUAUAAACUUGGAUUUUUUAGUGGGAUCUGUUACCAAAAUUCUGUACAUUAGCAAAUGCAUUUCAGCUGAAAAAACAUGUUUUAUUGUCAUAUAUGUGGUAUUAAUUAGAGAAAUCUAAGUCCAAAACCAGACUGUUGUAAAUGCCAGUUUGUUUUUUUUGUCUCUGUCUUCUUGAAAAAUAUAGUUUACUUAAGAGUAGUUGCUGUAAAUGAAUAAUCAAACCAUUUUAAAUCAUCCAUCAAUAGUAUAUUUCUAUACGAUAUGAAGCUCUGCAUGUUCCUUUUUGCUGAGUGACUAAACUAAAUGUUAACUCAUGUCUAUGAAUCAGUUACAUGUAACUACUACAAUCAGCAUGAUUGUUUGGAAAA